AAGGUACGAUAGGUAGUAUUUUUCUCCCCCUAAUCCAAAGGAGGAAAUUCUGGACGUCCUAUCAUAGCACGGGGUCUAGUUGUUUGACUUUUUACGGUAAAUACCGUACUUGAGUAUGAUACCGUGCUGUACUGUACAUACCGUAUGGCACUCUUCCAAAGUCCAAGGUUACCCUUCCACAGCACGAUCAUCAUCACCACCUCCACCGCCGGCACUUCAAACAUCACCAACCGAAUCCCCUCACAACCCAAUCAACUCAAACAAUGACAAUAGAAACACCCAGCACCCCUGCCCAGCGUCCCCCCCCCCCCUGCUCCGCACAAACCAGGAAUCAUAGCUAACCAACCGCGCAGUAACAUCGGAGGAAAUGUCCCGUGCCCGCCUCCCGCUCGCCUACCGCGAUAAGUGCGCGGGUCUACUGGUCCCGCUGAAUCGCUGUCGGUAUGAGGAGUUUUAUAUGCCGUGGAAAUGCCAGGUCCGUAUCCACCCGUCCCCGCCCUAGAGGAAGGGCGGAUGGAAGGGGGCUAAUAGAGCGGCGGAUAGGAUGAGCGGCAUUCGUACGAAAAGUGUCAGUAUGAGGAGUUUAUGCGCCGGGUUAAGAAGAUGGAAGAAUUGAGAGCUGAGAAGGGGGGGAGGAGUGGGUUGAAUUAAACUUGUAGGGGUGCCCACGGGGGGUUUCUGGUGUUGUGGGGUGGUGGGGGGUUUUAUGAUACUAUACACUCAAUACACACUGCUGCGCACUAGGAAAGAGGCCGGGGGCGGAAUUUUUGAGGGUCUAUGUUUGAUGCGUUUCUCGUGGCAAUGGCUAUCAGCUAGUCGGCUGCAGUGCGUUUGGGGAAUCGGGAGGACGAAUUCAUUUAUUAUUUGUGGAUUGCUUUAUUGGCUAGAGAUAUCAUGGCUUUUAUAGC